AUGCUGUUCACGAAAAUUGCAGCGGCCGUUGCUUUGCUGGCGACAACAACCUACGCAACACCAUCUCCAUCAUCAACCGCUUCCGCUGCAACCCCAGCAUUCACUUACAAUGCCACCACAUUCCUACUUCAUGGCAAACCGUACCAAAUCAUCGGCGGGCAGAUGGAUCCGCAAAGAAUUCCAUACCAAUACUGGAGAGAUCGAUUGAAGCGAGCCCGAGCCAUGGGACUUAACACGAUCUUCCCAUACAUUUUCUGGGACCACCUGGAGCCCACUCAAGGCGCAUGGACAGCUGACCAGCCUCAGAACGACGUCGCCGCAUACAUCAGAACUGCUCAGGAAGAAGGUCUCACCGUCGUCCUCAGACCUGGUCCCUACAUCUGCGGCGAGCACGAUUUCGGCGGGUUUCCAGCGUGGCUGUCGCAAGUUCCUGGCCUAGUCGUGAGGGACUACAAUCAGCCGUAUCUGAAUGCCUCGAAGAGCUAUCUGACGAAACUGGCAGGCGAGUUGAAAGACUUGCAAGUUACGAAUGGUGGCAACAUCCUGAUGGUACAAGUCGAGAACGAGUACGGAAGUUUUGGGGAGAACCAUCAGUACAUUGGUGCCCUCCGUGACAUCUUGAAAGGCCUCUUCGAUGUUCCAUUGUACACCAACGACGGCGGCGUGGACUUUACUCUGGAGGGUGGCUCCAUCCCGGGUGUUUUGGCGGAGAUCGAUGGAGACCCCUCCAGUGGCUUCAAUGCCAGAGACAUGUACAUCACGGAUCCGAGUGAACUGGGGCCUCUUCUCGAUGGCGAGUAUUACACAUACGCUCCCGAUCAGUGGGGCUCGUACAAUUCCCACAACUCAACCGAAAGAGAUCCGCAGGCUGUGACGCAGUUUGUGAAAGACAUUGACUAUGUGCUGGGCAACAAGUCUGCAUCCAUCAGCUUCUACAUGGUGCACGGUGGAACGAAUUUCGGUUUCGACAAUGGAGCGCUUUGGCAGAAUCGGACGACGGUCUUCACUACGAGCUAUGAUUACAGUGCGCCUAUCGACGAGAGUGGCAGGACUACAAAUCUGUACCACACGAUGAGAGAGACGAUUGCCAAGUACGUACCAAAAGGCAGCAUCCCUGAUGUCCCUGAGGAUGUACCAAGAAUGGCGGUGCCCGAAUUCCAGCUGAAGCCGAUUGUGCCUCUUUUCAACACCCUUGGGAAGCCGACGACGAAAGCAUCGCCAGUCACAAUGGAAGCUCUGGGAGAGUCAUACGGCUUCAUUCUCUACGAGCACACUGCAACAUUCCCCGUCUCAGGAGUGGUACAUCCAGGCGACCGCCCUCGCGACAGAGUCCUCGUCUACGUGAACGGUGUCCGCAAAGGUGUCAUCGACAGCCAGUAUCAGCAUCCACUCAAUGUCACCGUCUCCCUCAAGCCGAGAGAUAAGCUGCAACUGCUCGUUGAGAACCUCGGCCGUGUUGACUAUUACUCUCGAGGCAAUCCGUACGCAGACUACCUUCGUCAGCCGGAGAAGGGUAUCGUGGGAGACGUCACCAUCGGAAACAAGAAGCUAUCAGGCUGGGACCACUACUCCAUCCCUCUGGACGACCUUCCAUCCGCACCUCAAGGACCACAUCCCUACGACUCCGAAUACUUCCACCAGCAUCAAUCCACUCCAAUCUUCUACCAGGGCACCUUUACCAUCCCAUCAAACAUCACAUCAUCCGACCCAGCUGCUCUCGAUACCUACCUCGCAGUACCAGCGGGCAUCAAAGGCCAGGCGUUUGUCAACGGCUUCAAUCUGGGAAGAUACUGGCUCGUAGGACCUCAGCAGUCACUCUACGUGCCUGGCACGGUCCUGAAGCGAGGUUCUCCGAACGAGGUCGUCGUAUUGGAACUGGAACCCGAUCACAUCAAUGCGACCAUGACGGCGAAGGGACUGGGUGACAGGGUGUGGUUCAAUAAUCCGGAUCCAGAUUGUCUGAGAUGUGUAUGA